AUGACGGCAGGUUAUAAAGAUGACAAGGAAGGCUGGCGGAUCGUGUGUCUCAAGUACCUACUCUUUGUCUUCAACUUUCUCUUCUGGAUGGUCGAGGAGGACAUUCCACAGACGCAGGUCAGCAGAGUAGAAGGCCCGGUCUCCCUUAGUGCGGAGUUUGGUUCGGGGGCAAUGGAGGUGGUUGGUAUUGGUGGAGCGAUGGUUGGAGCAGCGGUCUUGGGUGUUGGAGUAUGGACACUGGUUGAGAAGAGUGACUACUUGAGUCUGCUGGCAUCCAGCACUUUUGCAGUCUCAGCAUACAUCCUCAUCCUGGCUGGGAGCCUGGUGGUGGUUACAGGCUUCUUGGGCUGCUGUGCCGUCAUCCGGGAGCAGAGGAACUGUCUGUCCAUGUAUUUCUUCUGCCUGUUGCUGAUCUUCUUGAUUGAACUGAUUGCUGGAGUGCUGGCUUAUGUGUAUUACCAGAAGCUGGGCGAAGAGCUGAAGCAGCAUCUGAACCAGACUAUGACAGAGAACUACGCCCAGCCAGGGAAGGAGGCCAUCACAUUAGCAGUGGACCGACUACAACAGGACUUCAAGUGCUGUGGCAGCAACAACUCCCAUGAUUGGAUCACGAGUGUUUACAUCUUAUCAAAGCCAGCAGAGAGCAGGGUGGUGCCCGACAGCUGCUGCAAAACCAUCGUUCCUCUGUGUGGCAAGAGAGACCAUCCUUCCAACAUCUACAAGGUUGAGGGUGGCUGCAUCACCAAGCUGGAGCGGUUCUUAGCCGACCACCUGUUGAUCAUUGGUGCUGUUGGCAUAGGCGUGGCCUGUCUGCAGUCUGAGAGGGACUGGAGCUUUUAA